AAACUGUUGUACAUUUGUGGGACAAUAACCCAGGUGAAUCAUUUACAUUGAAAGACGUGUUGAUGAGGCUUAUUUAAAGGCAUGCAGUCUUCCCGGCCCUAGUCUUGUCUCCCGAUAAUAACACCGAUAGCGAGAAACAGCAAGCAAAAAACAAUUGCCUGCAGAUGACCUCUUUUCAGAAAUUAGGAUAUGGUUUUGUGUUCUGAUGGCAACACAGUAGUAAGGGUUUCGGUUUCAUUAACAGUAACCCUCCACGGGGAGGAAAUUUCUUUAUAAGUAACCACGAACAACGCCUUAGUCCCUCCAACGAAGAUUGCGAAACGCCUGUCACCUGGACUGGGACAAGAAUGAACCGAAAGACGUCCUUUUAUUUAUGUUUUUAACAUAUCGUUUGUCGCUAAUAAAGUGUUAUAGUUUGUUUCGUUCCUUGUUUUAAGACAGAUUAUAAACAAUAUUAUACGAUGGCUGCUCAUUAGGCAAGUUGACUAUAGGUAAGCCGCGUACAGGAGAGCCUACUUUCUUCCGGGUGCAUACUUUCCCAAGUUUGGGCAGUUAUAGUUUGGGCAGGCUGUAUGGAAAAAUGAACGGGGACAUCGAAUUGCAGCACUUUCCAACGGAAACAGACGAGUCAUUUGACAGGAAUAAUUUACAGAAUGAACAUGCUGUCAGGAACCAGGAAACAGCAUGUGAGGACCAAUCUUUUCAUGAUAAACCUGAAGCAACGGAAGAAAGUCACUUGCUGUCUGCAGAACAGAAUAAUGGGGUGCACGGAAUCCAGAGGGGAGGGACAGGAAAAAGAAGUUUUGUCAUCGACGUCACUCUGGAGAAGAAGAACCAGCCCACUGAACCGGAACCCGUGACCCCGGUGCCGGAGAGAAACAGCGUCUCAGCCCCAGCCCUCCAGGCCACCGCGGAGUCCGAAAAUGCUUCGGGUGGAAAAGACCUGCUCGGGCGCCUGAAUCGGAAGGUCGUGUGGCGUCUCAGGCUGUGGAUGAUCAUCGCCCUCGUCCUCCUCGUGGUCGCCAUCCUGGCUAUUGUGCUGGGUCUGGUCCUCUGGGAAGUACUGUAUGAGGAUGAGGAUGACAAGUUUGACCGCGAGUCAUUUGUGGUUCCGCUGUUCUACAACGGCUCCCUCGGGCUGGUCAGCCAGGACGUCCCAGAAGGCCUGCUCACGUCCAACCAGAGCCGGGCCCUCAUAGAGAAGGAGCUCUACAGCCUCUACAACAGCUCCCCCGCUCUCGGACGCUACUUCUCCGGCGUGGGCUUGACCACCGUCAGGAAUGGCAGUGUCACGGCCAACUACUGGCUGAAGUUCCUGAUGCCCCAGGAACACAAGCAGCUGCUACGCUACACCCUGAGCCGUGAGAUGGUGUACAACGUGCUCCGUCAACACCUCUACGACCAGGAGCCCGGUACCGGACCGCUGCUUUACAUCGACCCUGCCGCCAUCCACAUGGAGGGUGGGAAUGGGACAUUAAUCAGUAACUGAAACCUGGCACAGUGAAACUCCUCGCUGUCAGGUGAAAAGAAGCCGCUGGUGACUUCACGUGUAUCGGAGGAGGCAUGUGGCAGUCUACACCCUCCCCAGACCGAGAGAGGAUAGCGCAUCGACCAGGACUGUGGCUGGUCCACACAGGGAAUUAGUAUAACGACUAAAAUUUGGGAGAAAAUGGGAGAAAAAUGGC